AGAAUGGCCAGAGUAACUGUAACCAUAAAGGACUGUGGCAGCCACACUGACACUGUGAUAGAAGUUAAACGACACUUCGAAGAGCCGAAAGAGGAAAAGUUUACACUCGUGGAUAACAAACUGAUUAGGCUCACUGAUGGCAUGCCAAAGCAGUACCAGGAGAAGAAGAACAACGUUGAAACCACUAAGGGAGAUUGGCUCGGUCACGUGGCCUGGGUGGACACUAGCGACAGAGCGGCGUUGCCGCGGACCGUGACCUGCAACUGCCACCCACACUACGGACAACUCGGGCCGAAACUGCACACCCCAACAUUAUGCAUAUAUUUUGAUUUUCUUUAUUAUUCCAAACCAAGAUCCGGGACUCUUGUGUGUUUAUAGUCCGCGGGCUUAUUUAGGCAAAGGAACUCCUGCCGAAAGUGAGAAUUUUGACACAAUCUUGCCGAAAGUAGACAGACUCCUGCCAACUCUAAGUAGUAACUAAGUCGCCAACGCUCAGCAGUAUUUCCCUGAGUAUAGUCCGCGGGCCUACUAUAGAAAAAUAUACAAUCCCAGAAAAACUAUAGUAUUUAAAAAAAAGCUAAGCAUUUUAGUAAAACAUCGAAAUAUGAAAAACGUGUGGGAAAAGUUAGUGAAAUAGUAUGUAUUUUCCUUUUUUUUUGUUGGAAAAUUUCAGAAAAUAGCAGUCAGGCUCACUUACCAUCGAAUUUUUCGCAUUUUUCCUUACAAAUUGUCCUUGAGUACAUGAUAAGAUAUC